AUGGGUCUCGGUUCGACCAUGCUUGGGCGUCGCCACGUUCAGCCUUCUGUCUGCAGUACACUUCACGAAAUCCAGGUAGAAGGCACCUUCCCCUCAGGUACCUACCUUGUUACGGUCCAUAACCCCAUCGCCACGGAUGACGGGAAUCUCGCCCGCGCCCUGUAUGGCUAUGUACCGCGCAUGCCUCUAACGAUGAUUUCCCUCUACCGGAGCCUGCCGAGUUCGAGCCGACGGGGCAGUGUGGCUCUUGUUGCUGUCAGGACGGUCAAGGCCCCCCUCAACGCCAACCGCAGCACCUUCAGCUGCGGCCCCCGGCAAAGGUGA